GACGGCAUCCAGGCGAUGAGCUGAGGGAGGUCGAUGUAUUAAAAUAUCGAGCGUUGCAGUGCGAGUAGAUGGAAGACAUCUCAUGGUCACAUGAUAAUUUCUUUUGGCUUAAUUUUUCCAUUUUUACCGUCGGUUCUCAGCACAGCAACGAGGCUGAUUGCCAUCCCGGAAGGCCGCGAAACCCGUGACUGAAUCGACCUUCAUGCUCGACCAUCCGAGGCUGUACAUCUUCCUGUCGGUGAGGAUCUUCGUGACCUGUCGGUGAGGAUCGACCAUCGACCUUGGCUUAACUCUUGUCGACCAAUCACACAACCACAACUACCAUAGCACAACUUGCAGAGAGCAUCAGGUGAUGGUUGGAAUGUAACAACUCUUGCGUUCCGUCGAUGGGAGGAGAUGGGAUGAGCUGGAACGAUUCAAUUGUCGGACUGGUUGCACGAGAAGGCCCGAAGAGGAUUGAAGUGCACAUCAACGCAAGAAGUUUUGACAGCUGGACAGAAAUCCUUUCAUUCUUCCAGGAAGCAGGAACCAGUACAGCAAACCUUCGAGGGUCCCGAGUGUGCAAACAGCCCAGGAAGUGAUACCUUACUCCGAACUGUGAAUCAGCCACAGCUCAUGCAUGCAUCAGACGACUUUGUAGAUGUUUCUGCAACGAGUCGAGGGCAUUUUGGUGCUGAGACCAUAUUUUAUGAGCACGAGAGGAAAGGAAAGACAGUCAUGCACAGGACAUUCUCCAACGUCGUUGAAUGAGAUCGAUCGAUCACUUGCAGUACUGCGAGAAAAUGUACACAAAGGAAAAAGAUCGUCGACUCCUGGGUCUACCUAAAACUCGAGAACUGGAUGACCGCCAACAGACCGGCAGGAAAUAAGUUUUGACUCACUGCAACUCGCAUGUCCCUUUCUUAGUGAUCGAGGAAGCAAUGAACCCACUGACACAAGAUCAUUGGGUCAAAUGUGUUAGCAACCUCCUGUACCCAGCAAAAUUCCGUGAUGACUACCGACGAGGUGCUGGUGUAUCUGCUCUGUGAAUUAAUUUCCUACUCUGUCUACUGGCAGGUAUUUCGUUACAGUCUCAUACUGCGAGAAUCAACUCCAGACAAAAAGGAAUCAGCCGUCAGUAUACGUUUACCAUAUCUACUUGAGCAGCAAAGCUUGCGUGGUAGAGGAGUUCAGAUCAGAUGGAUGGCAUGUGCCGAGAUUGCGUACCAUUGGAUGGAAAAAGCCACCUAUCGAGUGAUAGAUGGCUUCGACUGCAUCGACUGAAGAGAAGGCUUUUCUCAAG